UACGGGGCGUGAGAAGCCGGCAAACAUGGCGGCGCCCUGUUCCCUUGCUUUGCCUGUGGCUACCCUGACUGCCUUGGCGCUCUUGUCUCUCGGCAGCUCCGCGGCUAGUCACAUCGAGGACCAAGCAGAACAAUUCUUUAGAAGUAGACAUACAAACAACUGGGCUGUCUUGGUGUGCACAUCCCGAUUCUGGUUUAAUUACCGACAUGUUGCAAAUACUCUUUCUGUUUACAGAAGUGUCAAGAGGCUAGGCAUUCCUGACAGUCACAUUGUCCUAAUGCUUGCUGAUGAUAUGGCGUGCAAUGCUCGAAACCCCAAGCCAGCCACUGUCUUCAGCCACAAGAACAUGGAGCUCAAUGUGUAUGGAGAUGACGUGGAAGUGGACUACAGAAGCUAUGAGGUAACUGUGGAGAAUUUUUUACGAGCAUUAACCGGGAGGGUUCCACCCAGCACCCCUCGGUCAAAGCGUCUGCUUUCCGACGACAGAAGCAAUAUCCUCAUUUAUAUGACAGGUCAUGGGGGAAAUGGCUUCCUGAAAUUCCAAGAUUCUGAAGAAAUCACCAACAUCGAGCUUGCAGAUGCUUUUGAACAGAUGUGGCAGAAAAGACGCUACAAUGAGCUGUUGUUUAUUAUUGACACCUGCCAAGGCGCAUCCAUGUAUGAGCGCUUUUAUUCUCCUAACAUCAUGGCCUUGGCUAGUAGCCAAGUGGGGGAGGAUUCGCUUUCGCAUCAACCAGACCCUGCGAUUGGAGUCCAUCUCAUGGACAGGUAUACAUUUUAUGUCUUGGAAUUUUUGGAAGAGAUUAAUCCAGCUAGCCAAACUAACAUGAAUGACCUUUUUCAAGUGUGUCCCAAAAGUCUUUGUGUGUCUACCCCUGGACAUCGCACUGACCUUUUUCAGCGAGAUCCUAAAAAUGUUCUGAUAACUGAUUUCUUUGGAAGUGUGCGGAAAGUGGAAAUCACAACAGAGACUAUCAGUUUGCAACAGGAUUCACAACUCUUGGAGAGCAGUGAUAAGGAAGACGGGACAGCUGAGGAGCUCACGGAACCUCUCAAGUACGCCGAGCAGCUCCCGGUGGCUCAGAUAAUACACCAGAAGCCGAAGCUGAAGGAUUGGCACCCUCCUGGCGGCUUCAUCCUGGGACUGUGGGCACUCAUCAUCAUGGUCUUCUUUAAGACCUAUGGAAUCAAGCACAUGAAGUUCAUCUUCUAGACUCAAGGACAGGUGGAGAAGAGUGAAUGGAAGCUUGCAGCCUUGGAUAAAACUUAGGCUUUAUAUAUUUUUAAACAUGUCGCUUUUGUGUAAAUUUGGGAAGAAAAUUAGGAAAAUUGAAUUUUAAUGAACUUUGGUUUUAUAACUUAAUGUACUUGUUUAUUGGCCAGGAAAUGUGUCUUUCAUUGUGUUUGUGCAUGUGUGUGUUGUAUAAAUGGGGGACAAUGACAUUGGAAUAUUUAUCCUGCUUUCAUUGUAAAAGUAUGAAUUGUGAAGGUGUUAAUUCCCACUAAAGAGGCAACUUAGCUAAUA